CCAUUCACCUCAACCCCGCCCGGCCUAGCUAUAAACUGGGUCGUCGUCGCCGCAAGCGCACCUCAACGCACGCCCACCUCCGCCUUCUUCAACCCUCCGAUCCGUUCAUCCUCGCACGCGCUGUGACAACCGACACGGCAAAGCUCCUGUGGCUGUGGGAAACCCUGUCAGUUCCGCGACAUACCACACGAUGAACUCGACCGUGGUCGCUGACCUCCUCCUCAGGGCCGCCGGCCGCGUGGCCUUCGCCAAGGCCUGCGCCUACUUCCUCUGGCCGGCCGCCGCUCCGGUCGCCGACGUGAUGAUGAAGGCGCCGGGUGCUGCCGGGCUGCUCAUCUCGCGGGCGGCGUCCGAGGCCAACCCGCAGCUCUACUUCCAGCUGCUCCGACACGCCGGCGUCCAGGCUGCGGUGGCCGCGUUCGCGGCCUGACCUGCCUCGCGUUGCAGCGUGCUGCCGCCUGCCGGCCGGCGAACGCGCGGCGUCUGGGUUGGCGGUACCGAAGUACUAGUACAGUAGUAUGUGGUAGCCGAUCGAUGUCCUAGCAUGUGGUAGCAGAUCGAUGCUGUAGCUGUAGUGUCUGUCAUGUGCUCUACGAGCAGUAGUGUUAUGUAUGUAGGCCUACUUUCUGAUGAGUGAUGUACAAUAGUAGUUUGUACUGUGUUGGAGGUCAGAUCCUUUUUUAACCUUCAGUAGUGUUAGCUAGCUAAGAAAAUUCCUGCAGUGGCGCUCUUGAACUCUUAGUUUGUACUGAUCUACCAGUAGUAUACUAAGUAUUCCCUA